UUUCAAUAUUACAAACAUCAAGCUAAUGUUGGUUGUGUGACAAAAACAAACUUCUUAUUUCCUCUCUCUCCACUUUCUCUUUCUAGAAUAAAAAAGGAGAAGAAGAUGGAAGCGGUGACGAGGAGAUAAUUCAGCUCUCUCUCUCUAUCUCUGAUAUCCCCAUCCCCCCAAAAGCAAAAUCGAAGACGCAAACUCUCUCUCUCUUCUCAUUCCGCCAUGUUUGCCCUCUUCUGAAUUACUCCCUCUGAUUCAGCGCACCGACACAAUCUUCUCUCUCUAGAAACCUUUCUUCCACUCCGAUUUCGCCUUUUGUUUCGUCCCAAUUUCUCUCUCAAUAAAUUUCCACGCAAUUUUUUUUGUUCUUUCAACCAAAAGUUUGUAUCUUUCUCUCUAUAAUUUUCUUCCCUGUAAAUCUGUUUUCCACCUUCAACUUUCUCUCUUUUCUCUCCCAUUUUUAUUCCGCCCUUUGUCUCUUCCUGUAUUUGUUCUCUCUAAAACAUUCAAUAAAACUUCAUCUUUCAACCAAAACUAUUCGUUCUCUCUCGAUAUUUCUGCAAAUUAUUGUCGGUUUUCUUGUUAGAUCGUCUUUGGUUACAAGUUUGAUGAAUUUUGACCAAUUGGGUCAUUGAGGAGUAGCUACAAAAUCAUGACUCCGGCUCUGAUUGAGCCGCCGACAUUGACGGAAUCGUCGUCGUCGUCGUCGGUGGAGUCUUCUCCUUCGCCUCCCAAGAGAUCUGGGGGCGAAAAUCGUCCUUUUGCAGAUCUCAGGGGGGUUCAGUGGCGUAUAGAUUUGGGGAUUUUGCCCUCUUCUUCUUCCAUAGAUGAUCUUCGCCGGGUCACCGCAGAUUCUCGUAGGAGAUAUGCUGCGUUGAGGAGGCGGCUCCUAGUUGAUUUACACAUACCUAAGGAUGGAAGUAAUUCUCCUGAUCUUGUCAUGGACAAUCCAUUGUCCCAAAAUCCAGAUAGCACGUGGAGUCGCUUCUUUCGGGGUGCUGAAUUGGAGAAAAUGGUUGAUCAGGAUUUGUCCCGUCUAUAUCCCGAACCUGAAAGCUACUUCCAGACAUCGGGAUGCCAAUGCAUGUUAAGACGAAUUUUGUUAUUGUGGUGCCUUAGACAUUCAGAAUAUGGUUACAGACAAGGAAUGCAUGAACUCUUGGCACCAUUGUUAUACGUUCUCCAUGUUGAUGUGGAGCAUCUCUCACAAGUGCGAAAGCUUCACGAAGACCACUUCACUGAUAAAUUUGAUGGAAUCUCCCUUCACGAGCGUGAAUUAGCAUAUAACAUUGGUUUUAAGAAACUUCCCAGGUCCGUGGAAGGUGAAAUUGACUCUCAAAAAUGUUCAGUGAAGACUAGUAGUCUCGACGAACUUGAUCCCAAGAUACAAGCCACUGUAUUACUAACUGAUGCUUAUGGGGCAGAAGGUGAACUGGGUAUCGUCUUAUCAGAGAAAUUUAUGGAGCAUGAUGCUUAUAGCAUGUUUGAUGCUUUGAUGAGUGGGGCUGGUGGCGCAGUUGCCAUGGCAGAAUUUUUCUUGCCUUCUGCUUUGGGUGGCUCACACACUGGUUUGCCUCCUGUUAUUGAAGCUUCUUCUGCGUUGUACCAGUUGCUUUCUAUAGUUGAUUCAUCUCUCCAUAGCCACCUUGUUGAGCUAGGCGUUGAACCCCAGUACUUUGCCCUCCGCUGGUUACGAGUUCUAUUUGGGCGUGAGUUUGCACUUAAAGACCUUUUGAUGAUCUGGGAUGAAAUAUUUGCAUCUGACAACAGUAAAUUAAACAGAAGUGCUGAAAAUGACGAAGAGUCCAGCUAUGGGGUCCUCAAUUCCCCAAGGGGAGCAUUCAUCUCAGCCAUUGCAGUUUCAAUGAUACUUCAUUUGAGAUCUUCCGUGCUUGCCACUGAGAAUGCCACUGCCUGUCUGCAGAGAUUGUUGAAUUUUCCAGAGAAUAUAAACCUGAAGAAACUGAUAGCGAAGACAAAAUCCUUGCAGGCAUUUGCAUUAGAUGCUAAUAACUCGACCCCACUGCCAAUACAUAAUGGGGCGUAUAACCUGAGUAAACCAAUGAUUGUGAGAGGUCAUAGCGUUCCACCGGAUUCCAUUUCUCCAAGGUCUCCACUGAAUUUGGUACCUGAGAGCUAUUGGGAAGAGAAGUGGAGAGUUCUGCACAAGGCAGAAGAACUUAAGCAUGGUAGCUUAGAAAACCAAGUAACCAACCGCAAAAAGGGUUGGUCAGAGAAAAUGAGAUUGAGUUUAUCAAGAACCGGAUCUGCCCCGUCCCCUUCUAGGGUUGAUAGUGGAAAAAAGGACACUAAGUCAUCUGUUAGGAGGAGCUUGCUGGAAGAUUUGUCUCGGCAGCUUGGAUUUGAGGAAGAUACGGAGAAAACAGCGUGUAAUGAAGUUCUUGACCAGAAGCACCCUUCAUCUGUAGAUGCAGAGGUGGAUGGUAUUUCUAAGAACUUCGCUUCCACAGCUGAGGAGAGGUGCUUGAAUGGAAAUGCCGGCAGUGAAGAGAACUCUCCUAUUUUUUCAGAUCCACCAAGCCCUCUUUGUGGAGCUAAUGACCAUGAAAUUGAAUCAGAGAGUAGUGUCGCGUCAAAUUUAUCCACUGAUGAAAAUGAUGUUGAACCCAAUAAUGCUGAGUCAUGUACGACUAACUCAGGCUCAUCUCUUUCGGUCUUGGAUUCCCCAGAGGACAUCUCUAUGAAAUCUGGACAGAAUGAUGAUUCUCCGGAAAACUCAGCAAGUAUUAUUGUGUCAAAUUUGCCCACUCAUGAAAAUGAUUUUGAACCCAGUAAUGUCGAGUCUUGUAGGACUAACCCAGAGUCACCUCUUCCAAUCUCAGAUUCCCCAGAGGACAUCUCUUUGAAAUCCGGACAGAAUGAUGAAGCUUUGGGAAAAUCAGCAACAGAUUUUAAGGAGCGGAAGCGUCCAUCGGGCAAAUUCCAGUGGUUUUGGAAAUUUGGACGGAAUAGUGCCGAGGGGACCUCUGAUAAAGGAGGUGCUUCUGAGGCAACAAAAGCUUGCGGUGGAGAGAGUAAUCAGAAAAAUGCAGCGAUCUCUUCUACAGCUGAUGGGCUUAGCACUUCUUCUGCAAUAAGCAAAGGAGAUGCCGUGGACCAGAAUGUAAUGGUUACUUUGAGGAAUCUUGGGCAUUCCAUGCUUGAGAAUAUUCAGGUGAUUGAGUCUGUUUUCCAGCAAGAUAGGGGUCAAGUGGGAUCAGUAGAGAACUUCUCUAAAAAUGUUUUAGUGGGCAGAGGACAAGUUACAGCCAUGACAGCUCUGAAGGAGCUUCGGAAAAUCAGCAACCUUUUAUCGGAGAUGUGAGGUUGGAAUUAUUUAAAUUUAAUCUGUAUAUACAUUUUGUAAUUACUAUUUCCAAGUGUCAGAAAUAAAUGAGUUUCUUCGGCUUCUCGUAUCUUUUAUACCUUCCAAUGAAUAUAAAUUUUGUUAUGAAUUUGAGUUUGAUGUGUAAAUAGAAGUUUCUUAUUAUAGUA